GGCGUGUCCCUUUUUAGUUGCAGAGUUCUCCGGGAGAAGAAGAAGGUCCGAAGAAGAGAAGCUUUCGUUUGAACAAAUCUUUAUUAUUAUUAUUAUUAAGACGAUUCGGAUCCACAUAUGAUGAAGUUCUUCUCUUAGAUUGAUAUGAUAUAUUCUGCAAUUGGAUAUCUUCGUUUUCUGCUGGCUUAUUCAAAGAUCUGAGAUCAUGUCGUACGCCUACCUCUUCAAGUACAUCAUCAUCGGCGAUACCGGUGUAGGGAAAUCAUGUCUUCUUUUACAGUUCACUGAUAAGAGGUUUCAACCUGUACAUGACUUAACCAUUGGUGUUGAGUUUGGGGCUAGGAUGAUAACAAUUGAUAAUAAACCGAUCAAGCUUCAGAUUUGGGACACGGCUGGUCAAGAAUCAUUCAGGUCAAUUACGAGAUCUUAUUACAGGGGAGCAGCUGGUGCAUUGCUUGUAUAUGAUAUUACAAGAAGGGAAACAUUCAAUCACCUAGCUAGCUGGUUAGAGGAUGCUAGGCAACAUGCGCAUGCAAACAUGACUAUCAUGCUUAUUGGUAAUAAGUGUGAUCUUGCACAUAGAAGGGCUGUAAGCACUGAAGAAGGGGAACAAUUUGCAAAGGAACAUGGUUUGGUAUUCAUGGAAGCAUCUGCAAAAACUGCUCAGAAUGUUGAAGAGGCAUUUAUAAGCACAGCAGCUACAAUUUACAAGAAGAUACAGGACGGAGUCUUUGAUGUCUCAAACGAGUCUCAUGGGAUAAAAGUUGGAUAUGGUGGGACUCCAGGGUCUUCAGCUGGAAGAGAUGGCUUAGCCGCUCAAGGAGGAGGUUGCUGCAGUUAGUUGAAUUUGUGUCCACUUCUCGAGUGUUGGUAUUUGCAUAAUAUUUUACGCUCGAUUGGUUCUCGAACAUGUUGUGUAGCUUUUGUUUUCCUUCAAUUUGUUACAUUGUUGGCAAUGUUGCCAUUUCUUCCGGUUCAUUAACAUGUUAAAUUUCUAACACUAUAAAAUCUUUGUUCCUAAGGAUUUGAUAUCAAUUAUAUUGGGUCG